AACUGCAAACAAAACAACAAUCAAAAGUCCAAGGGUUACAGAUAUUUUUUAUUGGAAUAUCCAAAUAUUAUUGGAAUAUUAUCCAAAAUGGCAAAAGUCUCGCUUUAUUACAGAUUGAAGGAGCGCCUACUAACAUUACCAUUCCGUUUCCAUAUCAUAGUAUCAAUACUAAUACGUGUCAUUUUUAUAAUCUAUGGAACAAUUCAUGACCAGCACUCGGAUGUGCCGUUUACUGAUAUAGACUACAUUGUAGUGACUGAUGGGGCGAGGCAACUGUUAGCAGGCAACAGCCCCUUCAACAGACAUACAUACCGAUAUAGUCCACUAUAUGCCUUUAUGCAAAUACCAAAUGUUGUAUUGUACCGGGAAAUGGGUAAAUUUAUAUAUUCAUGUUUUGAUAUUCUAGUUGCCCUCUUAAUAUAUUCAAUAGUACGCAAUGAGCUACAAUCCCAAUGUAAUAAGGCUGUACAGUAUUUACUAGCCAAAUAUGGAAAAGCCACCAAAUUUUCAGCAAGUGUAAACUAUGGAGAUUCCGAUACCCGCAAAAGUCCCGAGAGGAUUGCGAAGGCAUCUGCUUGCUUUUGGUUGUACAAUCCUCUGACGGCAGUGAUCUCAACACGAGGCAACGGUGAUAGCUUUUCCAGUUUUUUUGUUAUUUUUACUCUAUACCUGCUUAUAAAAUCGGAUGAUUGUAGAGAAAACUUAAAAAAACGUAACUGGCUGAUAUUUAUUGCCGGAUGUAUACAUGGGUUUGCAAUUCAUUUGCGCUUAUAUCCCCUGCUUUUUAGCUUAGCGUAUUAUUUAACUUUAUCUAGAGGAUUAGUUAGAUCUAUAAAAGACUUUUUACGUAUAUUAUUAUUUCCCAGCUUUCAGCAACUUCUUCUUGUUUUUGGAACACUCUUGAGCCUUACUACAUUCACAUGUAUCUUCUACAAGCUCUACGGAUGGCAAUACAUUUACGAAGGUUACUUGUACCAUUUCAUUCGCAAAGAUAUACGACACAAUUUUUCUUUGUAUUUUCUUAUGCAAUAUCUAAGCAGCGGUCUUGGUGUAGGUGGUCAAGGUAUGUUGGAGAAAAUUGUAAUACUGGCUCCCCAAUUUAUUUUGAUACUUUAUCUGACCAUUGGAUUCGGCCAAUAUAGGCAAACACUGCCUUUUUGUAUAUUUUCGGUGACAUAUACCUUGGUUACUUUUAAUUCGGUUGUGACAUCGCAGUAUUUCAUUUGGUAUAUGGCACUCCUGCCACUGUGCAUUAACAAUUUCUCACAAACCAUGUCGAUGGAGAAGAGUGCCUUUUAUUUUGGAUUGUGGAUGCUGUCGCAGGGCCUUUGGCUUUUGCCAGCCUACCUACUUGAGUUUCAAAUGUGGAAUACGUUUUACUGGAUUGGGGCUCAAAGUGUGCUAUUUUUUGUGGUGAACAACUUAAUAUUAGCUCGUUUAAUAGAAAACUAUAGCUUUACGUCGUUUAAGAUAAGAAAACUAUUCUAAAAGGUUAAAAUAUACAUUCAAUCAUGGUCAGGAGUAAGACACACAUGUAUUUAAUAUUCAUUCAUUAUUUAAUACUACAAUGCAUACUAUAUCUUACAAAAAAAAUAUAUUACUAUAAUUCUUCCCUUUUAUAAAGAAAUAAAAUAGAGACACCUAUGUAAAUAUGUAA